CUCAAUAAUUUAUAUACACAAAAGUGUAUUGAAACUGGUUGUAGCAGGUAGAGGGGGUGAUGUUCUUUGGCGGCAAUAUAAUUUUACAAAAAAAAAAACCCGUUUUGGAUUAAAAAAAACAUAUACGUACAAAAUUGGCGCACUGAAUUCAAUUGUCUUCUUCUGUUUAUCUUUUUUCUUAAAUUCAAAGAUUUUGGUAGAUUUGUUUAGUCUAUAAACAAUCUGGGUUUCUUUUUUUUUUUCUUUGAGUUUGGGUUUUCAAAUCCAAAUAUGGUAAUGGGGUUUCAUUUAUGAUCACUAAGGGUUAAGUGGCUAGUGUUGUUGGGGUAUUUUUAGAUUUCUUUUUAUGAACUCGAAUGAAGAUGGUGAUGGUGGUUUCUAUAUGGAAGGACUAAAUUGAAUAUUUCAGAAAGCUGGUAAGGUUCUAUAUUUUCAGAAAACAUGCCUUCUGAUAUGAAGAAAAAUGUAUUGGUUGGGAUUCGAUUAGAUAGUGAAAGCAGGGAUUUGCUUAGUUGGGCUCUUGUAAAAGUUGCUGAACCUGGUGAUUGUGUUGUAGCAAUUCAUGUUACCCGGAAUUCAGAUCAUGCUUUGGGACAGAAAUUGUUAUUAGAGGGUUAUUUAGAAGCAUAUGAAGGCCUGUGUUCUAUAAAGAAGGUUGAUCUUAAAGGCCAGAUUUAUAAAGGAAAUUCGAUACGAAAGGUUUUAAUUCGAGAAGCAAUAAACUAUGGUGCUGUAGCUCUGGUUGUGGGUAUAGACAAGAGGAGUCCUCUUGGGGGUUGGACUUCCACGGCUAGAUACUGCACGAAGCGGCUGCCAACAACCACCAAUGUUGUGGCCAUCAACAAGGGAAAAAUUGUUUUCGAAAGGUCCAACAAGAAUGAACUAUCAGGUCUUAAAGGUGAUCCAAGACUGAGUCUUUGUCUGACCGAAAACCUUGGUAUCAAAGAAUGCCAAUCAGAAUAUGGUGAUUCUGAAGUAGGGUCUGAGAUAUCCAGUUUUGAAGGGAUUCAAAGCUCCAAAGACGGAUCAAGAACCAGUAGUGAAGAUUCGAAGAUUGAAAUAUUGAGUGUUAUUCAUGAAGGGAAGAGAAUCCCUUCGUGGUCCAUUUCUCUUUUUGCAGGAGAUAAUAUGGACUAUAAGCCUGGUUGGCCCCUCCUCCUGAGGGCUAGUUCAGCAACACCACAAGCGAAGCAUGCCAGGAGCAUGUCGGUCGUGAAAUGGGUAAUGAACUUACCAAGUCGGUCUCUGCAUGAUCAUUCUCCUCGAGGUUCAACAAUCAAGGAAAUAGAGCUGAAUCAACUUGGAGAUGACAAUGAUGGGAAUGAGACCAAUUCAUCUAUGCAAUAUGAGUUGCAAAAAUGCUUGGAGGUGCUCCUGAAUACAAAUUCAUCGGAUUGCAGAUGGUUUAGUUAUGGAAUUCUAAAAGCUGCAACUGAUCAAUUCUCCACAGCAGAGAACUUGAUUGGGAAAGGAGGGAGCAACCGUGUCUAUAAAGGGAUCCUUCCGGAUAACAAAGCAGUGGCUGUGAAGAUUCUGGAGUCAUCAAAAGAGGCAUGCAAGGAUUUCGCAAAUGAAAUCGAAAUAAUCUCCUCACUGAAGCAUAAACAUAUCAUGCCUCUAAUAGGUAUCUGCAUUAAAGAUCAUGAUCUUAUAUCCGUCUAUGAUUUCUCAUCCAAGGGAAGCUUAGAAGAAAUUCUGUAUGGGAAGAACAAAGGAAAACAUGCCUUGCCAUGGGAGCUCAGAUAUAAUGUUGCUGUCGGGAUUGCUGAAGGCCUAGAUUACCUACAUAAUGAGCUUUCUCGACCUGUUAUUCAUAGGGAUAUCAAGUCUUCAAAUAUUCUUCUUUCAGAUGGGUUCGAACCAAAGUUAUCUGACUUUGGGUUAGCAAUAUGGGGACCAACUGAUUCGUCAUUUCUGAUUCAAGCUGAUGUUGUUGGAACAUUUGGGUAUUUAGCUCCUGAAUAUUUUAUGUACGGUAAACUUAGCGACAAGAUUGACGUCUACGCUUUCGGUGUUGUUCUACUCGAGUUGCUAUCAGGAAAAAGACCGAUAAGCUUUGAGAAUCUAAAAGGCCAGCAAAGCUUGGUCAUGUGGGCAAAGCCUAUAAUAGAGAGUGGAGAUGUGAAAGGUAUAUUGGACCCCAAUUUGAAUGGGAAUAUCAAUGAGACUCAAAUGCAUAGGAUGGUUCGAGCUGCGACACUUUGCAUCACACGUUCAGGUCGACUUCGGCCAAAGAUGAGACAGAUACUAGAGCUGUUAAGAGGGGAAAAAGAAGUAGAAAAAUGGGGAGAGACACCAAAUGAGGAAAUGGAAAGCCAAGAACAGCAUGAUGAUGAAGUUUAUCCAAAUUCAAGGCCAGAGUUACAUUUAAGUGUGGCAAUGCUUGAUGUUGAUGAUGAUUGUACAUCAUUUAGUAGCAUGGAGCAAAGCAGUAACUUUUCUACUGAUGAAUAUUUAAAAGAAAGAUGGAGCAGAUCAUCAAGCUUCAAUUAGAUUCUCUUUUUUUUGUUUGUUUGUAUGGUUGGCAUCUUUUGAAGUUGUUUAAAAUCAAAGUUUGCCUCAAAAACCCAAAUUUAGGAUUUGUUUGUAAUGUAAAGUGAAGAGAGAAGAAAGAAAAAAGAAAAUAGCAGCAGCACCCUGUGUUUUUAGAGGUGUAAUUUGGAGAUGUUGAUUCUUGUCAAAAUAAUGAUAUUGAUUGAACCUGUUUAAAGUUGUCAAAA